AUGGCUUUGUGGACGCUUCCGGCUACAGCGUCUCCCUUGUCUUCGUCUCCUGCCUCGACCCUCGUGUCUGUUGCUAUUGCCGUUCUCGUUGGGUGUCGGCUAGUACAGCUGCUAUUCUCGACGAAAAAACGCCGUCGUGGCCAUCUCCCGCUCCCCCCUGGCCCGCCUGGAGAACCAAUCUUGGGCCAUUUGCGUCUUAUUCCCACAGACAAUCCCGAGUACGCUUAUAUGAAAUGGUCUCGCCAAUACAAGUCGGACAUUUUGUCCUUCAAUAUCCUUGGGCAGCCCGUCAUUGUCCUCAACUCGGUCCGUGCCGCGGUGGACCUCCUUGAUAAACGAGGUGCCAAUUAUUGUGACAGGCCAAGAUUUGUCUUGUUCGAGAUCAUGGGAUGGGGCAAGACACUGACCUUCUUGCCUUGGGGUCAGACUUACAGGACGCACCGUCGAAUCCUGCAAAAGAACUUCCAAAGAAGUAACAUUGCCCAAUACCGCCCCGUACAAGAGCGGGAAGCCGCCUCGAUGUUGCAUGGCAUACUUGCCAGCCCGGCCCUGUGGGAUAACGCUAUUCGACGCUUCGCCACCGCCGUCGUUCUCUCCAUCGGUUUCGGCAUCCAAGUAGAACGGGACGGCGAUCCAUUCAUUCAAGUUGCUGCGGACGCUAGCUAUGCUCUGGCCCAUGGAGGGGCCCCCGCCGGAACACCGGUCGACUUCUUCCCCUUUCUCAACUGCCUCCCGUCCUGUUUUCACGAUCGUUCACUCAAAUUCGCCAGGGAUUGGAAGUGGGCCAUUUGCAACCUGCAUGACAAGCCAUUCGAUGCCGUGUUAGCCUCCGAAGAAAGGACCAACUCCCUCAUACAAGACAUGCUUGACCAGAGGCAGGCUCAGAUUGAAAGGGGAGAGCAGCCCGAGUUGUCGCAUGACGAUAUCAAAGGGGCGGCCGGUGCUGUUUUUGCAGCCGGCCAGGAUACGACAUGGGCAACUCUGACUGUGUUUAUUCUGAACAUGCUGCUGCACCCCGAGAUACAGAUCAAGGCACAACUUCUGUUGGACACCGUCACCGGCCGCGACAGGCUGCCAAGUUUCAAAGACCGGCCACAGCUCGCUUAUAUUGACUUUAUUGUCCAGGAAACAUUAAGAUGGUGCCCUGUGUCUCCCAUGGGGGUCCCACACAAGUCACUGGAAGAUGACACCUACAAUGGCUACUUCAUUCCCGCAGGAUCUGUCGUAUAUGCAAAUGCUCGAGCCAUGACUCACGACGAAUCGACAUUUCAAGAACCGGAUGAUUUCAAUCCCGAUAGAUAUGCGGCCAAACAGGAUGGCGGUUUAGGAGAGCCUCUGCCCAUUGGCCAAUUUGGUUAUGGUCGUAGAGUAUGUGUCGGGAAACAUCUGGCAGAGGCUAGCGUUUGGAUAGUGGUAGCAACCAUGCUAAGCACCAUGAACAUUGAAAUGGCCAGGGAUGAGAACGGAAACGUGGUUGUACCCAAAGUAGAGCUUACCAAUGGCUUAACGAGUCAUCCAAAGCCCUUCCCAUGUCGAAUCGUGCCGAGAGACGAAAGAAGCGCUAAUAUCAUACGAAGUGCAACGACAUGA